AUGCGUUUCCAGCCAAGCACGCUCCUUCCUCUGCUCCCGGCUCUGGUCGCGGGUAUUGCAGCCCCUAGAAUCGAUGGCUUCAACCUCUUGUUUUCCGACGACUUUGCGGGUAGUGCUGGAUCCCCACCGAACGCGGACUUGUGGGACAUAGCCCAGGCAAUCAACACCAACAACGAAGCCCAGACUUACACCACAUCCAACAACAAUCUGCAGAUCAGCGGCGGUCAGACUAUUCAGUUUAUCCCUCGGAAGGGCACCACGGGAGUUUGGACUUCGGGACGUAUCGAGACAAAGGGCUCUUGGACUCCCGCACCCGGCAAGGUGAUGCUGAUUCAAGCAAGCCUCCUCCUGGGUAACAACGCCCAAGCCAACAAGCAGGGCCUGUGGCCUGCUUUCUGGGCCCUGGGCGAUGCGAUGCGUCACGGGACAGAGUGGCCCCUGGCUGGCGAGAUCGACAUUUUCGAGCAGGUCAACGGAGCCCCGACCGCCUACGGCACCGUUCACUGCGGCUCCAACCCCGGUGGCCCUUGCAACGAGCCAAACGGAAGGGCCUCCACGGUCGCGCUGCCAACCGAGGGCUUCAACACGUGGGGAGUUAGAAUUGACCUCACCAACUCCGACUGGACUCAGCAGACCAUCCAGUGGCAGCUCAAUGGCGCCACUUUCAACACCCUCACGGGUUCCGACAUUGGUGACCAAGGAACGUGGGCAACACUGGCGCAUAGCCCUCUAUACGUGCUCCUGAAUGUUGCCGUUGGUGGUAACUGGCCAGGCCAGCCUGACGCUGCUACCUUGGACGGCUACGGCAGCAUGAUGGAGGUCGCAUACGUCGGAAUCUACUCGUCAUAG